AUGAUCGGAUUUCGUCAACCAGAUCAAAUGCAAAUGUUCAUCGACCAUCCUAUGUCGCUCAUUUGCUCACGCCUCGGAGCCACCGCAAAGGUCGCUAGUUGUCCAGAUGAGAAUUUGGCUGACUUGUCCGCAGAACUACUUUCCUCCUAUCGCCUCACACGAGAGCUGCAGAUCGAGGGGAUGUCCAUGGAAGGCAUCUUGAACGUCUAUCAAAGGUCGGACCUCAAACCGUUCAUGAUCAGGGAUAUUCUUCGCAGAUGGAAGACCUAUACCAAUGAAGAGGGCUACAAUAUUAUGUUAAUGACACUGGAACGCAGCAGUUUCGACAUAGUGCACAUUGACAUGCACCUCACUCGGUUAUAUGACCUAAAGGUCAUAGAAUUUGCUAAUGCACUGGAUAUCCUUCGUCUCAAUGACUACGAUAUAGUUGGAACCUCCACCAGCCUCAGAAACCUUCGGAUUCUCGUUUCCCAUGAGCCAAAGUGGACACUAUAUGGAAGGGGACCGUGUAAACAGGAGCUUCUGCAUCAUAAAGCAUAUUCCAAGGUACUAAGGUAUUUCCAUGGACGUCCCAACGGACUAGCCAAAGCAUGUUCCAAUCUGACAACUCUACGGAACCUCCUUUGCUUUGCGCCAGAGUGGUCACGAAAGUACGACGUGGUGCGCUACCCAUCGUUGAAUCUGGAUCUUCCAUCGAUCCCAAUUGGUAAUCUGGAUUUCAUCUUAGAGGCUAUCGACAUUUUCGACGGAGAUGUAUUCCAGGUUCACUCUAAUUUCCACUCGCUUCUCGAAUCUGCCGGUCUCACCCAACUCUCGAUGGACAAACGAUUAUUCAAGCCUCGACUAGACCCAUCACCGAGAGACAUUCUAAAUGCAUCUAAUAUGGUUUUGGAACUUUGGCGGAGCAACGGAUUCAACACUUCAAUCAGCCGAUUAGCCUUCGAGGAUCAGCCAGUCUCCGACCUUGGAGUCUCUAACAUUCUCGUCUACUUACAUGCUCUUCGACGCAGUUCUUAUCGUCAAGACGUGGUACGCACACUUAAAAGCAUCUCAGUUCUUUUUCCUAUCAACUACCCGGCCGAACGUAGUAUGAGUCACGUUCUAUGGGUCGCUGCGUACUGUCCAAGCAGCCACGACUCACUAGUCCAUUACCUCUACGAAAUCUCGCCAAUACAAAAGUUAUAUUGGGGCAUAACUAUGCCAGAAUACCUAUCUUCACCUCAUUGGGAACUGAUGAGACAAUAUGGCUAUAACCUUGCUCGAAUCGGGGACGUUAGACAGACGCUAGAAGCGAGCUUUCCGGCCGCUUUGGUGAAAGAAGGCUAUCACUGGAUAUGGUUCAUAUUCAACAAUUUUGACAUUGAAGUCACGAAGACCGACGCCACUUUGAUGCCAAAAACAUUCCCUGGGUGGGGACACGAAGAGAGGAUUCUGCAGAUUAAAAGAAUGCAUCGGGCUCGUGGCCUGAACAUAACGUACAAGUGGGAGAUGUUCGCCAGGACAGUCCGGCGAUGA